AUGGCCAAACAUUUCCCACCCAAUCACAAAUUUGUUUCUCGUCCUAGUGUCAAGAUUCGAGGCAUGCCACCCUUGAAAAAUAAAAGGAAGAAGAAGAAGGUGCAAAAGAAAGCUCAAAUCCCUCAAGAGGAUGAAUAUGAGCAAUCCGCAAGGGUCCCUGUUACACUCAUUGAGUUUUGCCAAUUGAGUUCUUCUCGAGUGAAUCCGAAGUUGAGGAAGAAAUUAUUCAAUGCAACAUGGUUUCUAUGGAGGAACAUGAGCUUGACACAGAGGUUAACGAGAUUAACCUCCGCUCCGGUCGAAGCAUCCUAUCUGCUGAUAAAGCACAAUAAAAUGAGGAAGCUAACCCCUCUAAGAAGUCUAACGCGAAAGAGAUUAAGGUCUCCUUGUCAGAAAAAAACUGUUGCAGGGGAAGUUUCACCAUCCUCUUCAAAAGCAAAGGACCCUAAAUUUGAUACCCGUAAAGCAAAGGAGUCAUCACAAUCACAUGCACUUAAGUAUGAUAUUUUGGCUCAUCUUAAGCCCAUCCCCACUCCUUUAAGUGUCUAUGACGCUCUAAAAAUGUCGAGAGAGCUUAGGGAAGCACUUGUCAUGGCUUCAAUGAGCCCGGAUUCGUACAAGUCAUAUUUCAAAUCAGCGGAUGCCCAUACAACUGAAACCUCGAAGUUUUGUGCAUCGUGUAUGGUAGCAAUUACCUUUGGUGAAGAUGACUUUCUACUUGGGUCCAAAUCCCAUAAUCGACCUCUUUAUGUCACUGGCGAGGUUGGAGGCACGACCAUCAAUCGAAUCUUGUUAGAUUGUGGUUCGGCUGUGAAUCUUAUCCCUUUAAAGACACUCCAUGCUAUAGGGAUGAGUGCCCAACAAUUGUCUCCAUCUAUGCUGACUAUUCAAGGGUUCAAUCAACUUGGGCAAAAAGCCAUGGGUUCUAUCACAUUGCAAAUGGAAAUAGGGGACCUAUAUUCAGACGCUCUAUUCCAUGUGAUCAAUGCUGACACUUCAGCUAGGAUGUCCGUGGCUCCAUACAUAUGGUGUAAUCCCUUCUACACUUCACCAGUGCUUUAA